UUCGGCACGACAUGCUUUCUACAUGCUGCUUAUCUGCAAGUUUUUAGGCGGUAAAUGGUUUAUACCGCAUGUAUGUUUGAUUGUUUACGUUUGUUUUUGGAAGUUGAAAAUGUCGAACGAGAUAAAUUUAGUACAAGAAAUAGAAAAAUAUGAGUGUCUCUAUAACUACAAAAUCGCAGAAUAUUCGCGGAAAGAUAUUACGGAUAAAGCAUGGGAAAGGGUGGCAAAAAAAACAAACCUCUCAGUUCAAGAGUGUGAGGAAAAAUGGCGCAACAUUAGAUCUUCAUUUCUUCGAAGUAUGAAGUAUGUAAAAGCAGUAAAUACUUCCGAAAAUAAUCGCAAUGUCCCAGAACCUAUUCCUGAUGAAGACCGUAGUUGUGAAAAUCUAGCAACAGAAGACUCACCUUCAAAUGAAAAUUUUAAUGAAAAUUCUCGGAAUGACGACUUUAAUUCAACAGAAGAAACUAAUCGACCUGCAUCAUUAGCAAAACAGAAAACAAUACAACAUUUAUCAGCGACGCCAGCAUCUACAUCAAUGAGUACCGUUCGAUGUCGUAAACGUUACAAUAUAGAAGGUGAGCAAACAUUUGUCAACUACUUAAAAGCAAAAACAAGAAAGGUUUAAGAUGUGCAGAACUCUGAAAAUAAAGAAAAAAAUCAGCCACAUGCACCACUUCUUAUUAUGCUUUACUUUAUUUACUAUUACUUUAAAAUCAAACUGAUGAUCCUUGUUGAUGGAAUAAAAUCGCAAAAUGUUCAACCUACAUUUAAUCCAUCCUCCUCAUCUUCAUUCGAAAGACCAUCU